AUGACGAAAGGUGAUUUGGAAGUCAAUAGGGUGGAGCCGAAGAGGGCUCCGCCUGCAGUAGCCAUGAAGACUGCUCCUGCGGCGUCAAAGCUAGCAGGGACGUUGCUUGCCUUGAUCGUCGUCUUCCUUGUUGUUCAGACAGCAAUAGCUGACGCUGAAACUGAGAACAGGAUCAAUAACUUGUGUCACGAAAUGGAAGAAUUCGGGUUUUGCAGCCAAACCUUCCAUGAGAACCUGAACGGCCCGACAGACGACAUAGGACUAACCCAAAUAGCAAUUGUUGAAGCCCAAGCCAAUGCAAGCAAUACACUUAGGUAUAUUCAAGAGCUUCUUCCAACUAUAACCGAUCUUAAAUUGAAGAACGACCUUAUAAUAUGUGAAAAUGCAUACAAGACGGUGGAUGAAGCACUUCAAGAAGGAAUCGGCUUAUUCUUCAAAAGGGAUUAUAGAGGCAUGUUAAUUGCCGUGAAGAUUGCACCGAGAGCACAAGCAAGUUGCGACAUGAUUUUCAGCACACCAUUAGAGAAACGAGGUCUACUAGAGGAGAGGAACAGAGAGGUACGGAUUCUCGUUGCGAUGGCUAUAGUUUGUGGUUCUAUCAUUGUAUCUUAA